AUGGAUCCUGUCUGGUGGGUUUUCAAUGCCCUUAUCAAACACGAGACACAACUCUAUGCGGUUCCCCAGUCGGCCGCUAUUCCUACCGAAGAUAUCCCAUUUGGUGAGACGGCCUUUAUUUCGCGAGAAGCCGGGAAGAGCUAUGUUUCAUUCCGCGGUAAAUCAGAUACUAAUGCUAACAUCGUGUUCCGACCUACCCUGCUAUCAAUGCAGGUAAUUCGCGAGAUAAGCACGAAUAACGCUUCAGAGGCGCAGGUGAUUGAAAUCCUUCACGCAAGCAGAAAGGAAAGAAAACCCGUCGACAAAAAUCUCACAACCGGAGCCAUGCAGCAGAUAGUUACCUGCCAGAGCACCAUCCACUUGCAAAGAAUCAGCCCCCUAUCUGACGCUAUUACGGCCCAGCGUUCAUACCUUGAUAAAGAAGUACAGGCAGAAAUUGAUGUAUUGCUGGGAUACAAUCGAGACCUUGCAUGGAAGUAUAUUCAGCAGUGGAGAAGGGCUGCUACCGAGGCUGUCCGUCUUCGCUUUGCUUUGUGGAAGAAGUCUGAGGAAUAG